AUGAUGCCGGCGCUGGGGUCCCCUUCGGGCUGCGGGCUGUCAUCGGGCUGUGAUGUGGCGUCGGAGACUUUCAUGCAGACGGAGCAGCAGCCGUCCGCUGCAGGCAGCAGCGCGCACGCUUGCGAGCACCGCGAAGCGGCUGCCGACGGUGAUGCCAGGGCCGGACGUGCAGCUUCGAGGGCCGAGGGUGGGGCCUUUGCGCUCUCCUCCACGUUGGGAGGGGUCCGGCGCGUCUGCGACGGGGCGGUGGGAGUCGGGCUGGGCGCAGACGCGUACGAGCAGUACAACCUGCGCAAGCGAGACCUCGCUGGGCUGCCUUUCGUCGCAAAGUACAACGUGUACGGCGCGCCGCGCCACACGCGCUUCUACGUCGUCUUUGACGCGAUUGGCGAGGAGGCAGCCGCCGGCCACAUCAACGUCGGGUCGCGCGCCGUCUUCGCCGCGAUCGUCGGCAACUCUGGCGUCGCGGGCAUCAAGUUCGCGGGCUGGAUCUGCACGGGCUCUGCGUCGCUGCUCUCCGAGUCGAUCCACUCGAUCGCUGACCUCGGCAACCAGGCGACCUCCUCGCACCCGCGCUGCAACGAGCAGCGGCCGUACGGGUAUGGCUUCGAGGUCUACGUCUGGGCAAUGAUCUCCGGCGUCGACAUCGCGUCGCCUGCGCUGCAGCUGGAGCUUCCUCCCAGCCUGCUCCGGACCACCGUCUAG